AUGCCGAUUCGUCUGGCGCGCUAUUCUGACCUGGAGGCGAUCUCGUCGGCCCUUGCGGAGGGCUUCCAUGAAGAAGAGGUGAUGGGCCCUCUCUUGCAUCCGUAUCGUCAAGAAUAUCCAGUUGAUUACUUGAACUAUUGGCGGCGCAAGUGUCUGGAAAAAUGGUGGAACUAUUCAUAUGUCUUCAUCGUGAGCUUUAUAGAGCAAGACCAGAAGCCAGACGAGAGAGAAGAUGGACGCCCUGAUGACCGAAGUGAUGACAAAAGCUCGGUGCGAGAGGUCAUAACAGGCGUUGCACAGUGGCAUCGUAUGGGACCGGGCUGGGAGGCCAUUUGGAAGCCCCUUGGGAGAUGGGAUCCAAGAGCCCUUUACGCAUCGCCUCCGCACCGUCAGGUAAACUGGUCGCUGAGCUGUCUUGCCGUGAGGCCAAAGUACCAGAGGCUCGGCCACGGCCGUGAACUGGUAGCCUGGGGGCUUGACAGGGCGCGAGAAGAAGGCAUAGCGGCCAGUGUCCUCGCAGCCAAAGGGAAAGACACCUUCUAUCGAAGAUGUGGCUUCACCGAACUGGCAGGAUGGGCAACAGAUGGUGAAGGGAAUCCUCUGAAGGGGGUUGUCGAAGGGGGCGCUGUGAUGUUUACUCGAGUAAAGGAGGAUGAUUUAUGA